UGGCCUAGGGACAGUCCAAUUUUUCCAGAGGGGAGUGGACCUAACAAUAGUUGUUUUGCAGUUGGAUUCACAAUAGGUGAAGAACCGUCAAGAGCUACAGAAAGAGAUGACCUUGCUACUUGGGAAGAAACAGUUGGAGAAGACCUUCAGGAAGAGGAGUUUCAGACUGAUUUUGAAAAA